UUUAGCAUAUCAUUCCGGACUCUUGGAAUUGGAAUUUGGAAACCCCCAAAUUCAAGUUCGUUGACGGAGAAAGGCUCUCUGUUUUCUCUGCCUAAUCGGUUUAUUCAUCUAAGCUCGUCCAGAUUUUCGUCGGCCAAGAAUGGAAGAAAGCAUUCGGGAAGAUGUGGAUAAUCACGGUGAAGCCUUGUGUAGUAGGAGUGAGGAGGAGCAAGAGAUAGAUGGGAUGUUGAAGAUGCUGACAAAACUAGAGUUAGACUCGGCUUAUACUAGUGAAAAACUGCUGAACCUGCAUGUUCUCCUUAUGCACCUUUUGGCUUGGGAUAAUGAUCUUGAAGGGAUGGGGACACUUGAUUCUUCUGCAGCAUCGUUUGAAAAGGCUUUGACGUUUGAUCUGUUAUGCGGUGUAUUGGAGUCUGAGUUAAAGGAGGUAGACGAGGUUUUGGAUGAGCUGGAAUCCCAAAUCGUUGACACUUCUUAUAAGUUAUCUGCUUGCAAGCACGCAAAUUAUAUCGUUAUGGAAGGAAAGUUGGGUGAAUCUGCAGAGUCAUUGAAGCAGUCUAGGGGGCAAGUCUCAGAGAUCACUUUGCAAUUAGCCCAGCUCCGAAGAACACUUCAUUACAUAAGAAAUGGAACAAGUGAAAACGAGGAGUCAAUGGAGCUUUCAGGAAACAGUCAAGAUUUAAGGCAGAAAUAUGCGUUGAGACCAUCGGAUUUAAGGCAUAAAAAUGCUCUGAGGAUGCUGGAGAAGUCAUUGUCAAGAGAGCUAGAGCUUGAGAAGAAGUUGAUGGAAUUCCAGCAAAAUGAAGAACAACUGAAACUCAAGCUACACUACACAGAGGAGGUAUCUUCUCGGAUGGAAGAAGCAUCAGAGUUUAUAUGGGGACGGUUUUUAGAGGCAGAAAAUUCUUCUGAGGUGUUAAUGGGUAUUUCAAAGGAACUUGUUGGUCGUCUUCAGAUCAUCCAGUUUAGUCAGAAUGGAUCAGCUCAACGGGAAUCCGAACUUAAAUUUAAGCUUAAAGACUGCACUGUACAACUCGAAGCGAAAGAUCAUUUGGUGCAAGAGCUUGAGGGAAGAAUUGCAGAAAAUAGAGAGAUAGUCUCAGAAGUACUCUCUUUGAGGGAAAAUGUGAAAUCAGCUGAACAAAAGCUGAAGAAUACCGAGCUUGAGCUGAAAAGUGUCAAUGCAUCUAAACAAGAAAUUCUGGUACAUCUUGCUGAAAUGGAAAAUGCGAAUGAGUCGGUCAAAGAAAACCUUUUCGAGGCUGAAAGCAGAGUUGAGAGUGGAGAAACUAAGAUUCAAGAGCUAACUGCUGCAAAUCUUGAACUUACUGAGGAACUUGGUUUUCUCAAAGACGCUGAUGACAAAAAGACAAAGAAGGUGAAUUCCCUCGAGAAACAACUCAGGGAAUUAGAAGUUCAAUUACAAAACUCCAAGGUAUCAUCAGAAGCAAGUCAAGAACAGCAGAACAUGUUGUAUUCAGCAAUAUGGGAUAUGGAGACCUUAAUCGAAGAUCUGAAGUCUAAAGCCUCUAAAGCUGAGAGUAAAACGGAGACAGUUGAGGAGCAAUGCAUUGUGCUUUCUACCAAAAACUCUGUACUUAACAAAGAAGUGACCUUUUUGAGGCAAAGAGCUAAAUCCUUGGAAGCAUCAUUGGAUCUAGCAAACGAUGAAAAAGAGAAAAAUGCACAAGAAAUAACUAUGAGGAACAAGCUUUUGAUGGAUAUGGUGAUGCAAUUAUCAAGUGAAAGGGAACGUAUACAAGAACAGCUACAUUCUUUGGCGAAGGAAAAUGAUAAACUGAGAGUGAGUCAAUGCUUAGCGGGAAAUAAAUACCAAAUAAAUGGACCUUAUGCUGGUGAAAAAGAGCCGCCUCUUCACACAGAUGGUCCCGAAAUCGAGGCAUUUGCUGAAAGUCUGCAGGGGGAUGAGAGAACAAGGGAAGUACCAGAAACUGAUGUUGAACCAGAGGACCAUUAUACGUCUGAAAAUAGUAGCAUGAACGCAGAGAUGAGAAGAGCAAGCAAAAUGAGAUGGAUAGCAGUUUUGGCCACAGCUUUUGUGCUGUCUUUCAUUCUUUGCUAUGGCUAUUGUUAAAGAAAAAUAUAGUUCAAUUUGAAGAUAUGUUUAUCUCUCUCUUGGCAAUAGCAUUAACCAUUUGUAUAUUGUGUUGUAAAUACUCAUUAUGGCUUGUAUUCAUUUCAAGCAAUGUAUCUCCACUGUUGGUUUA